AUGUGCCGGAGGCGCGGCUUUAUCCCUGGCUUGUACUGCUUGUAUAGUGUCAGGCCAAAGACUGCUUUUAAAAGAGGAUUUCCUGCUUUUGUCAAGAUUAGCAAUAUUGGCAAGACAAACCACAUAGAUCUCUUGGAGCUGUCGGUGAAGACAUCGCGCAAGGCCAACUGCGACAAAAACUCUGUGUGUGAGACCGCGAAUGAAAUGGGCGUCACAUGCGUGACCUCGACUCUCGAUUCCCUCGACCACGGACGAUCAGUAGAUGACUUUGAUUGA